AUGAAGAUUGUUAAACUGCUUGCCAUUUUCGCAAUUUUACCCAUUGUAUGCUUGUUGGGAGAGGAGAAAGUGGACGUCACCCCCCAGAAUGAUGAUCUUAAGAUAGAAGACCUGGAUAUCAACAAGAAAAUUAAAAAACUUUUACAUAAGAGAAAAUUAAUGAUGAUAUCCGUAAUUGCGGCGGCAGCACUGGCUGCGGGGGGAAUACUCGGUGGAGUGGGGUAUGGCAUUUCGCAACAUCGCAAAAAAGCGCGUUUGGAAAAGGAUGAAGAGCCAUUUACAGAUAUUUUUGAUGAACCUCAACCUAAGAAAGAGACGGCCCCCUUUAAAAUGACGUCGGAAACAAUACACCCCGAAAUUCACGUUUCUAUCCCGGAAGCUACCGGAUUUGUAUCCCCAUCCAAUAUAGACGUGCAAAAUAUUGAUGAGGAUACAGACAUAUUAAUGGAGACCCUGGUAGACGAGAUUGGCCAAGAAGUACGUGAAGAGAUGGACCAGUAG